CAACUCUGUGCUUUCUCCUUCACUGUGCCCUAAUUGCGCGAGACAGAACGUUCUGAAACUUCUCUCAUCGCCCCAUAUAUAAGAGUCAUGUCAGACAAAGGCGGAGAGAAGGCGAGCCUGGUGAGGAAGGAGGGGGAGAGUCCAGCAGCACAGGCCAGUCAGAACAAAGGAGCUCCCUGUGUGCCAUGUUGCCACAAGGUCACCAUGGCUGUUCCUCCUGCAUACUCAGACCUGGGAAAAUCCGCCAAAGACAUCUUCAGCAAGGGCUAUGGCUUUGGAAUUGUGAAACUGGACCUAAAGACCAAGGCCCAGAGCGGAGUUGAGUUUGCGACCUCGGGCUCCAGUAACACAGACACAGGGAAGGCAGCAGGUAACCUGGAGACCAAAUAUAAGGUGAAGGAGCUGGGCCUGAGCUUCAACCAGAAAUGGAACACAGACAACACCCUGACCACCGAGGUCUCCAUAGAGGACCAGUUGGCUAAGGGCUUGAAGCUGGCUCUGGACACAUCGUUCGUGCCCAACACUGGUAAGAAGAGUGCCAAGCUGAAGACUGGUUACAAGCGGGACUUCAUCAACCUGGGCUGUGACCUGGACUUUGACAUGGCCGGCCCCACGGUCCACGCUGCUGCCGUGCUGGGCUAUGAGGGCUGGCUGGCUGGGUACCAGAUGGCCUUCGACACAGCCAAGUCCAAACUGUCCCAGAACAACUUUGCCCUGGGAUACAAGGCUGGGGACUUCCAGCUCCACACCAAUGUUAACGACGGUACAGAGUUCGGUGGCUCCAUCUACCAGAAGGUGAACUGUCACUUGGAAACAGCCAUCAACCUGGCCUGGACGGCCGGCAGCAACAACACACGCUUCGGCAUUGGAGCCAAAUACCAGCUGGACAAGGACGCUUCCCUGUCUGCCAAAGUCAACAACGCCAGUCUGAUUGGAGUCGGAUACACACAGGUCCUCCGGCCAGGAGUGAAGCUGACUCUCUCAGCUCUGAUCGAUGGGAAGAACUUCAACGCAGGCGGCCACAAGGUUGGCAUGGGCUUUGAGCUGGAGGCAUAAGGAUGGAGGGGAGAGGAGAAGAGGGGGAUGGGUGAAGGAAGGGAAAGAUCCCGAAUCUGACAAAACACACACACAUACACACGCACAGAGAGAGUGUGUCUUUUGGCCUUAACCCUACAGCCCUUAGCACCCUCUGAGACCCCCAGUACUAUAUUAAAAUGGACAGACUGUCGAGAACCAAGUUGUUUUUUGGUUAGUUUUAGGUUCACCAUCUCUCUGUAUUAUCUCCUUAGCAAUACCACUACGUAAGGGACAUCUGUCAUGCCAUGGCACUGGAGCAGGCAGCCAGUGAGCAAGUCUCAAAUAACACUCUAUUCACCAGGAGUUUACUAAUUCACAUAGGGCUCUGAUCAAAAGUGGUGUACUGUAUGCAGAACAGGGUGUUUGAAACAGACAAGGCUGAAGUCAACCUUUUGUUCCACUUCCUCCCCAUAAGCAGACAUAUCCUCUUUUCUGUGUGUGCACCUUUUUAGUAGGGUUUGAUUGUGUGGUAUACUUUCCCUUUGCCUGAGAUCAUGUGUUUAAUCUACUUUUGACUUGUGAC